AUAUCUCUUCUUACAUUUCUUUUAUUAAAAUUACAAACUAUUAAAAAAAUAAAUUUAAAUAUUAUAUUUUAUAUAUAACAUAUAACGUAUAAGUUAAAAAAAAAAUUUUUAAUUUAAUAUAUAAAUUAUUUUUAAGCUAAAUCAGAUUAAAAUGAAUUUAUAUAGCAUUUUCAUUAAAUAUUUUCUAUUUCCGGUUAAUCUCGAACGAUAUAUCGAUUUAUGUAUUUAAAGUAUCGAAUGUACGAAACAUUUCUUUCCGAUAAAAGCCUCAUACUGAAACGUCAAGUAUGUUAGAUAUUUUAAAUAUAUCUAUUUUAAUCGUUUGCAAUCUUUGAUUUUAUAAAAAAAUACGAGUUUCAGGAUGUUGAUGCCAAAAAAGAAUCGUGUAGCAAUUUAUGAAUAUCUCUUUAAAGAAGGUGUUAUGGUUGCAAAAAAAGAUUAUCAUGCACCAAAACAUCCAGAAUUAGAAUGUAUUCCUAAUCUUCAAGUUAUUAAGGCUAUGCAGUCUUUAAAAUCUAAAGGAUUUGUCAAAGAACAAUUUGCUUGGAGACAUUUUUAUUGGUAUUUGACAAAUGAAGGUAUUGAAUAUUUACGUGGAUAUUUGCAUUUACCUCCUGAAAUUGUUCCUUCCACACUUAAGAGACAAACAAGAUCAGAAACAACAAGGCCAAGACCUGCAGCAGGUGCAAGAAGUGAAGCAUCUAGACCUACAGAAGAUCGUGCUGGAUAUAGACGAGGUCCAGGAGGUCCAGCAGGUCCUGGUGAUAAAAAAGCUGAUGUUGGUGCUGGUACAGGAGAUGUUGAAUUUCGUGGUGGUUUUGGACGUGGUAAACCACAAUAAUAUUUUAAUGUAAAAUAAUAAAUAAAAUUUAAUAAUA